AGCAUUGCUGCGCUGUUGUAAAAUGUGAAUCAUUGUUUCCGAUUUUCUGAACAUUUUGCCGCCACUGUCAAAAUAUUGUUUUGUAUUUUUUAUUAUUUUGUAAACUUUACUCAUUAGCUGGUUAUUUAAUUGCUUUACGAAAUAAUAAAUAUUGCCAAGUACAGAAUAUGAAAAUGUAAGAUCUUCAUACAUUCGUACAUAGUUCAAACAUCAGAUUUUAAUAUUUAUUUAGUGCAUUUUCAUCCGGACAGUUUUUUUGAGUAAAAAUAAAGGAAAUUAUAAAUCUUUUACAAUGGAUAUGGAACAAAUUGUAAUUAAAAGUGAAAUUCAACCUAAUGGAGACAUUCUUUUGUUUUAUGUGGAUGAAAGUAAUGAUGUGUCCAAUGCAGGCAUUCUAGAGAGCGACCAGCAAGAAGAUAUUCAAAUGCUUUCAGAAACUAAAUAUGUAAUCGAAGACACAGGUGAGAGUGAAUCAGCUGACGAACUUGACUUGGCGCAAGCAAGUGAACAGUUGGCCACAGAGCAGUGGCUAGAUGAAGAGAUUAGACGUCUAAUUGUUUUCUAUCUUGAUAAUAAAGAAACAUUCCGCAGUGGUACUACAAAAAAGAAACAUCUAUGGACUGUCGCCUGUAAAACAAUGCUGCUCGGUAAACAACCUCUUUCAUGUGAGUAUAAACUGCGCUCAAUUAGAGAUAAAUAUUAUCAAAUACAUUUAGAAAAGCUAAAGGGAAAGAAUAUACAGUGGCAGUUUUAUAAUCUUUGCCACCAGGCCUUUCAGGAUGAAAACCCUGUAGACCCUGUAGACUCAUACCUAAAUGUAACAGAAAGCAAGCCAGAGGUCAUUGAAAAUACAAAUGAAAAUAAAACCAAUAUAAGAAAGUCUUCAGCUGACGCUAAUGUGGAAAAAAUGUUGAGACUCUAUUUGCAAUACAAAACUUACCAUUUAAGCAAUGUUAACCAAAAGUCAGUUUGGGAAAAAAUUGCAUCUGACAUGGGCGAGAAAGACGUGGACUAUUGGCACAAACGUUUUUUGAACUUUAAGCAACAUUAUGUAAAAAUGCUGUAUAAAAGAUUGGAGGUUGGAAGUGCAAGUGUAAGUUGGCCAUACAUGCACAUCUUUGAUGAAAUAUAUGAAAAUGAUGAAGAAUUUCAAAAGAAAUUUUCUCCCAAACAGUUAACUCUUCAGGUAGAUACAGUAGAUAAAAAUUCAUGGAACACAACAGAAAUAACAUUCCUAGCUAAAUAUUAUUAUGACUGCUUUAAAGACUUUCAAGAUCCCACAAUACCUAAUAGCUUUUUGUGGCAUGAAGUUGGUCGCUUGCUGGAUAAAAAGCCAGAUUGUUGUAUGGAGAAAUUUCUAGAAUUAAAAAAUGCACAUUUUGAUAAACUUAUUGAAGGUGGAUAUGACUUAACUGGUCGUGUUCCACUCGAAAUAAUAUUGGACAAUAUAAUUGCUAAAGAAACUCAAAUAGAGUUGGAUCAACCACGGAAAAGUUAUUUCUCUGAAGAUUGGCAAAUGGAAAGACUCGAUGUAUUGGUGCAGUAUAUUUAUGAUAAUAUUAAUAUGGUCAAAGAUCAUGUAUGUUAUUAUGUUUGUUGGGCAACAGUUGCUAAGAAAUUAGGUUGCAGUGUUGUAGAAUGUAGAAAGCAAUGGGAUAAUUUGACUUCCUUGUAUAAAACAAUAUUGGAUGACAAAAAGGAAGACCCAGAAAUGCAAAUAGAUUGGCGAUAUAUAGAUUUGUUUGAUAGAAUCUUUGAUUACGGCAUGGAUGUUAAUUUGUUGGCUGGAUAUGAGAAAUCUAAUAAACAACAAGCUGAUUCAGGAAAAAUUGGAGUUAAAAAAAUCCAUAUUAAGGACUUUGAUGAUAAAGAUAGGGACAAUCACUCUGAAGAUGAAGUGUCCUACGACGAAAGAGGCUUCACACUACGCUCUAAGCGACGAAGCGGUGAUGCAAAGGCCUACAAAAUACUAGAAUAUUACCUAAAAAACAAAGACAAGUUCACGUCAAGCAAUUACAAAAAAUUAAUACUCUGGGAGGCGUUAGCAAAACAGAUAGGCAUGACAGCCGCAGAAUGUGCACACAGGUUUAGGAACUUCAAACAAGUGUACACGAAUUAUAUUCAAAGAGAAAUUAAUAAACCAGAAAUGCCAAUUAUGUGGCCUUAUUACGCUCUGUGCAAGAAAGUAUUCGGAUACAGAGCUAUAAAGGCGAAACUUAAGAGCGGAAAAGCAGAUUCUAGUGAUAGCGAGGAUUGGUCCCCGAAAGAUAUUAAAAAGUUAAUUAAUUAUUUCGCAAAUAAUUUUAACAAACUCGAUAAUGACGUUGAAAACAAAUCCAAAUGGACCAACUUGGCUAAUGAAAUUGGCAGGACCGAGAAUAGUUGUUCGGAGAAAUUUAUAGAGUUACGUAAAUCGUAUAGGAAGCUGAAGACAAUGAAGGCUAAUAAUCCAGAUGUAAAGGUAUCAUGGAAGUAUUUUAAUAUUAUGGAUGAGAUAUAUAACAAUAAUCAGAAGACUGAAGUUGAAGGUAUGGAGAUAGAUGAAGAACAAUACAUGAAUAUUAAAUCUGAAGUACCAGAUGAUGAUGAUUUUCAAUGUAUCAUCGUAAUACCUGAGGGAGGAGACAUGAGUCAAGCACAAUUUAUAUACCAGAAAAAAGACGAAGAGGAGGUUGUAGAAACUGAAGUAAUCAAAAUGUCAAACCCAUCUAAAGUAUGGAAUAAACGAUCAAAAACCCGACUGCUCAUACAAUACUUGAAGUAUUUAAAAUCGCACGAAAACCAAGAAAUCAACCGAAACGAUAUGUGGACUGAGAUAGCUAAUAAAAUGGACGACAAAACCCCUGCUGCGUGCAGAAAAAUGUAUCUUUUACUCAAAAGUCGCCAUAAAAAUGAUCCUUCCGAAUCUACUCCAUAUUACAAAUUAAUGCAGAAAAUUUUAGCUCUAAAGCCGAUAUUAAAAUUGAGGAAAAAUAAUGAUUUAGAAGAAAAAAAGGUUUACAAAGAUGUACCAUUAGAUGACAGCAAAGUGGAGCAAGCUUUGACAUACUACUUGCGCAAUUUAGAAGACUUCAUCAACCCUAAAUUUGAGAAGAAAUAUCUUUGGUCUGAAUUGGCCACAUAUCUAUCAGAACCUGUCAAUGUGGUGUUUACUAAAAUAAAUUACUUGAAGCAAUCAUUCAAAAACGGCUUAGAAACACCAAUUAGGGGUAUUUUAGAAGAGAUAUUGAUUAAGGAAAAUGAACUGAGAGAGAAUUUGCAAGAUAGCAAGAAUAUAUCUUCUGAAGAUAAUUUAGAAGAAACAUGGACUGAUAUUGAAACGGAGCGGUUGUUAACGUGGUAUUUGGCGCAUUUGGAUAAAUUUAAGAAUCCCAAGUUUGUCCGAAGUUAUUUAUGGAUGGAGGCUUCAGAUAUUUUGAAGAAGAGUCCUUUAGUCUGUUCCAAGAAGAUGAUGGAAAUAAGGUCGCAGUAUCGGUCUAUGGUGAGGGAGAGACCAGAAGAGUUAGAAGAGUGGAGGUUUUAUAAUCUGUGCCAGAGGAUUUAUGGUACAGGAAAGAAGAGUGUCAGUGAAUAAAGGAAAUUUAUGAACAUUACACAUAAAUUUUGAAAUAUGAAUUAUGACUUGAAACUCAAUCGUAAGCGUGGAUUGCUUAGUGCGGUAAUAUUACAUGUGCUUGUAAAUAUUAUUUAAUUGUUAUUAUAAAUAAAAGCAAAUAAUUUAAAAUGAA